CUUUCUCUCAUUCAGGAGCCAAGGCAGCAUCCAGCUUCGUGAGACAGGGCUGUCAGUCACCCUGCCACAGGGGCUCAGCCUGCUCAGGGAGGGAUGCCAGAGCUUCUCCUGGCCAUGAAACACUCUCCAGCAGCCCAGAUCCUCACCUGACUUCCUCUCUUCUCCGAGGACACUUGCACAAAAGUGCUUUUCACUCCUUUGCCACAGGUUGACUUCCAGAGAGCGGAGAGGACCAAGCGCUCCGUCCUGGCCAGCGAUGAGGCAGUGACUGCAGUCAGCAGCUCGGCUCCUGGAGGAGGAGGAGGAAGCUCUGGCCUUUGCAGACCCCCUUCUCCUCCUUAUGGAAAGUCUCAGGCCAGGCAUGGGCCCAUUGGAGGAAGCCAACAGCUCAUUCACCAUGGAGAAGACAGCAUUAGAUGAGAAGCUGUCACAGGGCUGGCCUGCCAAGGACUUUGUCACUCCCACCCAGGCUCUCUCUGGGUCCCGCAGUGUCAUGAUGGACAGCACCAAGAUCCUGGGGGUCCAGGUCAUCCUGAUUGCUGCCUACUCCCUCAUCAUUCUGCUGGGCUUCAUAGGCAACUCCCUGGUCAUCUACAUCAUAGUGAAGUACAAGACCAUGAGGACUGUCACCAACUUCUUCAUAGCUAACCUGGCCCUGGCAGACCUGAUGGUGGACACACUCUGUUUGCCCUUCACCCUGGUGUACACCCUGCUGGACGAGUGGAAGUUUGGAGCUGUCCUUUGUCACCUGGUUCCUUAUGCUCAAGCUCUGAGUGUCCACGUGUCCACUCUCACCCUGACUGUCAUUGCCCUGGACAGGUACCGCUGCAUUGUUUUCCACCUGGACAGCAGGAUUUCCAAGAGGCUCAGCUUCACCAUCAUAGCUGUCAUGUGGCUGGCAGCAGCUGUCCUAGCAGGGCCCCUGGCCAUCUUCAGGGAGUACCGGUACGAGGAAAUCCCGUCCAUUAACCUCAAAAUGGCUGUGUGCUCAGAAAAAUGGCCCUCUGCUAACAACAGAGAUGCCACCAUCUACAGUCUGUCCAUGCUCCUCCUGCAGUAUGUUCUUCCUCUUGCCAUUAUUUGUUAUGCCUACACCAGGAUCUGGUUCAAGCUGAAAAACCAUGUCAGUCCCACUUCUAGGAAUGAAAACCAGUGCCGGAGGAGGAAGACGACCAAAAUGCUCGUGAUGGUGGUUGUGGUGUUUGCAGUCUGCUGGCUCCCCUUCCACAUAUUCCAGCUUGCCAUUGAUCUUGAUCUGGUUCUUAUCUUCCACGAGUACAAACUCCUGUACACUGUCUUCCACGUUGGGGCCAUGUGCUCUACGUUUGUCAACCCCCUGCUCUAUGGAUGGAUGAACAAGAACUACAGGAAUGGAUUCCUUAUGUUCUUCCGUUGCCAGAACAAGCCCGAGAGCAUCCACACUGAAGGCUCAGUUAGGGGGAGGUCUUACAUCUUCAGGGCCAACACCCUAAAUGGGAGCAUCAAACAGACUGCUGGCAAUGGAGCACUGCCCACAGAGGUUUAGGGAUGGGACAUCACCUCCAGGAUUGAGGCUGGCUGGGCCCAGAGACAUUCUUGGGUGAAAGCCUUUUUUUUGACAGAACAUUGUGCUGCCAAUUAUAGCCACAGCAGCCAUGUAGAAAUACGAAAUACCCCCUGUAUCUCUCAAAACAAUAAAUCUGGUGUAUUUUUGUCUG